CCCUAAGCUUGCUCCUUCGUUUCAGCACCAGACCUACAGGUGCAGCUCAGUGGUUCAGCCCCCGGCGCGGGCGGCUUGGGCCAGUAGCCAACUGGAGUCCUUGCACCGCGCGGCCCCAGAAGACAAAGCGACCAUUCAGCACGGACCGACCCUACCAAUGGGAAGAAGAGUUGCGCGGAAGUGGGAGACAAGCAGGCUAGAGAAAUGGAUUUGGAACUGAUUAUUUGGGAGCUCACUCUUCUUCCGUGUUAGCCGGAAAUUCCCGACGUGGUCUGCACUGAACUGCCCCCCCACCAGGACUGAGCCGCCCAGCUCCUGGUACAGCUGCUCCGAUUAGACGGUCGGCCGCCGAAAGCCGCCCUUCCGUUGGUGGCUUGGAGUGGGUUUCUCCUCGUCUUCAAGUUGACCUUGCAAUUUUUCCUUUUUCCUUCUGACUUUCGAUGAGGAAACUGAAUCGGAGAGGAAUUAACUGACUUGUCCAGGGUCACACAGCUAAGGGAAUGUCAAGCAUCCUAUGGGCCACGAUACUGAAGAAAAUGUAGAAGUUGCUGAGGUGAUAGGCAUUUACGUGGUUUGCACAUGGAGUGAAUAUGAUAGAAGAAGGCGUCAAGGAGCCAGAGAAAUGCUAUCAACAGCAAAUUGUGUUCAGUCUUUCAGGAAAAUGUGUUAGAUUGGUUCUCAGGAGCUGUUUAAGGAAAUGGAAUUGGUUGGUAUUAUCAUCUCUGUUUUAAAGAUGCUGAAACUGAGAUUGAGCGGAGUUGGAUUAAUUUUGUAAAGGAUCAUGUUAAUCCCAGUAAACGAUUUCAGAGAAUAACCAGUUUUUCUGAGGAUCAUUUUUGCCAAUCAGGUGUUCUAUUCAGAUCUGGAUACUGUCAUUAUCUCAACGAGGAUACCCAUGUUUUCCUAAGGAAAAUUCUAAAUGGAUUUGGCCCUUGGCCACUGAAGUAUAUUCCUUUGAAUAGAAGAAAUGACUAAGCAGAGAUUACUACCUGGGACUUUGAAUUUUCUUCGCUUUAAGAGGAAGAGCUGGUUCUUUUUGAAAUUUGGAUUUCUUGUCUUUGCUCUGAUUGUGUUCUGUGAACUCCUAAUUUAUUAUUUAGUGAUCUUUCAGUGUCAUUGGCCAGAAGUGAAAACUGUAGCUUCUGGAGGAAAACCACAGACUCCUGAUGUGCUAAAGGUUAUAUUUUUAGCGGAUACCCAUUUGCUAGGGGAAGUAAAUGGACACUGGUUGGACAAACUACGACGGGAGUGGCAAAUGGAACGGGCUUUUCAAACAGCCCUGUGGCUCCUCCAGCCAGAGGUCGCCUUUAUUCUGGGGGAUGUCUUUGAUGAAGGCAAGUGGAGCUCCCCUGAGGCCUGGGCUGCCGAUGUGGAAAGGUUCCGGAGAGUGUUCCGACAUCCACCUGACACUCAACUCCUGGUGGUUGCCGGUAACCAUGACAUUGGCUUUCAUUACUCGAUGAACACUUAUAAACUACGACGAUUUAAGAAGGUUUUCGACUUUGGAGAACUUUUUUCGAUAAAAGGGAUUAACUUCGUGAUGGUGAACAGCGUAGCAAUGGAGGGAGAUGGCUGUACUAUUUGCUCUUCGGCAGAAGCCCAACUCAUUAAAAUAUCUCACCUGCUGAAUUGUUCCAGACAGGAGAAGUACCAUUCUAGCCCAAAGUGUAGCAGUAAUCAGGAGCUUUCCGCAUCCGCUCCUAUCCUUCUCCAGCAUUAUCCUCUGUACCGGAGAAGUGAUGCUGAUUGCACUGGAGAAGAUUCUGCUCCUCCAGAGAAAAAGAACAUCUUAUUUAAAGAGAGAUAUGAUGUGCUUUCUAAAGAGGCUUCGCAAAAGCUACUGUGGUGGUUUCAACCUCGCCUGAUCCUGAGUGGCCACACACACAGUGCCUGUGAAGUGCUGCAUGCUGGAAACAUCCCAGAAAUCAGUGUUCCGUCUUUCAGUUGGAGAAACAGAAACAACCCUAGUUUCAUUAUGGGCAGCAUAACAUCAGAGGAUUAUUCCCUCUCCAAAUGUUUCCUUCCCCUCGAGCAUACCGUGCUGACUAUAUACUGCACAGCAGGCAUCCUGGUGGCUUUGUUACUGUUCACCCACUGUCAGCCUUCCUAACACCACCACUUCUUUUCACCUCACUUCAUUCAGUUGAUACUUAAUCAGAAAGCAUAAGGCAAUGUGAAGAGCAGGACAUUUCUGCAUUUAGUAACAAAUACCAAAGCGGAAAAACAACUGAACUUCAGGCUGUAUUCAUGUCAGAGAAUGACCUCCCUGGACGAGUCCAAAUGCAGGCCAUCCAUUUUUAUGCACAUCAGAGAAAUUCUAAACAGUUGAUAUGAAUUACUACAGGAUAAAUAGUUGAUUGAAAUGUUUUCAUGCUGUAAAAAAAAGUAACAAGUAUCCUACAACAAAUUGAACUGUUUUCUUGCUAUAUAAUUUUUAUCAAAUAUAUGUAUACUCAGAUUGUAUCUGUACAACAUGUAAGUCCUAUUAGCCUUGUAACUUGCAUGCACUACAAACUCCUACCUUCCACAGGAUGGAACUUGCAACCCAGAAACACACUCGUCCUAGUGUAUGUACAUAUAUCAGUGGGUGUGGCUUGUUCUAGUGUGACAUUUCCCGCAGAUUCCUAAGUGGUAGAAAGCUGUACAUCUAGGAGGGGAAGCAGAUUCUCCUUUAGAUACUAGGAGAGCAGCAAAAUAUCAUUUGCUUGGUAGAAUUCUACUUUUCUCUGCUGAAACAGGAUUAGUAUUAUGAUGAUUAUUAGGAUUAUUUAAGUAGAUAUAAUUAAUUCUCUACCAGACAAUCUUUAUUCCCUUGUAGUGGUCAAAAAAAAGACACUUCUGAAAAAUUGGAAAAAGAUGGCUUCCAAAAAGGUGAACCGAUGUGUCAAUUUUUGUUUUGAGCCAGAAAUAAUUCCCCCCCCCCCUUUUUUAAGCAGCCUGGAUUUUUCUUUUAUUAUCAUUAUAAACCGGCAACCUUGCACGAUAGCGUCCAAGGGAUCUGUAAGAGAGGCAAAUAUUGUGUGUAUAUAUAUAUAUAUAUAUCUAUAUAUCACAGUAUAGAUGUUCAUUUUAUUUGGGAAGUUAUUUCCCUUCUCCAAUUUUACCAUAUUUUCGGUUUCUCCAAAGACAUCUGGAAUAUAGCUGCAUGUCCUCUCCCUUUCUUGGAAGUGUGAGGGGAUUUGGACUUAGGUUUUGCUUUUUCACCUGUCCACCUGACCGAAUGAUCUUAUGAAACAGUAGGGUUGAUGAUAUGCUGAUGGGACAAACUCAGGAGGAUGCAAGAGAGGCUGAUAUAAUGUCAUAAAAUUAGCUUAAAUAAAGAAAUAUGAGCAUUUAUGGACAUUUAAUUUAGGGUAAAAGAGAGCAUUGGUUUUAAAAAAUAUAUUAUAAAAACCUGAUUUAUGGGGUGAGUCUUAAAAUUCUAAACAAAAAAUGAAGACAGUCCAAGUAUCGAUAAAGAAAAUUGAUGAAGUAAUGUAGGCUAACACUUGUCUAGGUUUCUGUUAUUGCAACUGUAAUUUUAGACAUUUGUACAGGUUAUUUCAGACACAGGAAAAGUAUAUACUCACACAGACAAAACACCCGUGUAUAAAAUAUAAAGCAGUGUUAUAGUUACUAAAAAGGACAUGCCUUAUUGCUACAACAAUUCUUGCUUUUUAUAUAAUGUACUGUACCAUAACUUGUUUUGAGAAUGUCAUUUGCAUAAAUUAUUCAAGUUUGAGAAAUAUUCACACAUUUUGAUCCUACAAUAUUUAAAAUAAAACAAUUUUCUAAUGUGUCUCUUUAUUAAAAGAGAAAUAAAAAUGUCAUCUUGCAAUUCUCUUGGGUCAGACAUGGGUUUUACACCUUUUUAAAUAUUCUAUUCUUGUAUUUACUUGCACAAUAAAAUCUGCUGUUGUUACAAA